CUUCGCCAAACCCACUGAUUAGGUGCUCAGAUCCUGCACAGAAGCCCUCUAAAUUUGAUCCUGCUAGAAGCUCUAUUUCUAUGCAUUCUUUCUCCGUUUUAUACAGCUCAAUUCCUAAUGAAGAGCCUAGCUCGUUCGCAGCCCAUAACGGGUUUACACGUUAUACGUUCGCUUAGGUUCGUCAAGAGCAUUAGGCGAAAUAUCUCUACAACACCGCGACAAUGGAGGCCGACCAACGUUGGUGGCGUUGGUCUUGCAGCCAGAGAUGCCAAAGUGGGAGAGCAAGCUCCAGAACCCCUCACCGUUGAGGGCAUCAAGACACGGCGAGCACUGGCUGGGAAGUUGGUUGCUGGCACUGCAGCUUACUCAGAUAGCGACAUGUUCAAAUCACCACAUGCGUACAAGAACCCCAAAGCCCGAAGAUGGGAUCAUCUCUUGAGUGCAGAGUCCAUAGCACGCAAACCUUGCGUCCUGAAGCAAGCGGCUAAGCACCUUAAAAAGCCUGGUUUGGUGUCUUUAGGAGGUGGGCUGCCUUCUGCCGAACACUUUCCAUUCGAUUCAAUGAGUUUCAAGAUACCGUUGCCGCCUCAGUUCUCGGAAGCGGCAACGCAUGCCUCCGGCAAAGACGUCACCAUUGGUAAGCGUGAUGUUGUAGAGAAAGAUGGUGUCUUCGAUUUGAGUAUAGGCCUGAAUUAUGGCCAAUCCAUUGGCUCGGCUCAAGUUCUUCGUUGGGUCACGGAACACACAGAGCUUUGCCAUCGGCCCCCAUAUUCAGACUGGCGCAGCGCUUUGACAAUUGGAAGUACUGGAAGUCUGGAGUGCGCCUACAGGAUGUUCUGCGACCGGAACAGAGGUGAUAGUGUAUUGACUGAAGAAUUCAGUUUCAGUACGGCACUGGAGACUGCCGCACCUCUUGGCAUCAAGGUGUUCGGUGCCAAAAUGGACGAGCAAGGCCUGCUUCCGGAAAGUAUGGAUGUUAUGCUAUCAAAAUGGGACGAGAGCGAGCGGGGUGCACGGAAACCGACGGUCCUCUAUACUGUCCCAUCGGGACAAAAUCCCACGGGUGCUACACAAGGGAAGCAGAGGCGAAAAGAUAUCUAUGAGGUUUGUCGGAAACACGAUAUAAUUAUUUUUGAGGAUGAGCCGUACUACUUCCUCCAAAUGCAGCCAUAUACUGGCUCAGACUCACCAAGUGUCUCCCCACCAGCCAAUGUCGACGAAUUUCUUGGCGGCCUGAUUCCCAGCUUUUUAAGCAUCGACGUCGAUGGUCGAGUUAUGCGCCAUGAUUCCUUCAGCAAAGUAGUCGUACCUGGAGCCCGUAUGGGCUGGAUCACUGCAAGCGAACAGAUAAUUGAGCGUUACAUUAGACACGCUGAAUCUUGUAGUCAAGGCCCCAGCGGCUUCUCACAGCUUGCUAUGUACAAGCUGUUGGAUGAAGAAUGGGGUCAUGAAGGAUACCUCCAAUGGUUGAUGAAUCUUCGUUUGGAAUAUACAAGCCGAAGAAAUGCUCUUCUGCGGGCUUGCGAGAAAUACCUUCCUCAAGAUGUAGUGACCUGGAAUCCUCCAGCAGCAGGCAUGUUUCUCUGGCUCAAAAUCAACCAUGAACAACACCCAGAGAUAGCCAGCAAGAGUCUACUAGAUAUUGAAGAAGAGAUUUUCAACUCGUGCAUAGAGAAAGGCGUCUUGGCAUGCCGGGGCUCAUGGUUUUUGGCUGAACAUGACAAGCCGCUGACGGCCCUUUUCUUCAGAACGACCUUUGCUUCAGCUUCGGAGGAGCAAAUGGGGGUAGCGAUCGAGCGAUUUGGUGCAGCUGUUAGGGACAGUUUCAAGCUUAGCGAUUGAUAGCAAGCGAUGAUUUGUGACAUAACAAGUCUCGACGGAUAU